AUGUCCACCCACAAAUCCUCUAAGAAGGCGCAGAGGAAGAUCGCGCCUAAAAACUCCGCGAAAGAAACGCCAGAGAAGCAAUGCGACCGAAUGGAAAUAUCCACGGCAAAGCAGCAGCAGACACCGCAGAGGGUGUCGCAAAACCCUUCGACCCCGCGAGUCGUGAAAAACGCGCCUCCAAGGGCGAAAGCGAACCAUUUCUUUUCCCCGUUCUCCAACAAUGUACUGAGAGGUAUGUCAUCAGGAGAUCCUAAAGCGCUCGAAAAAUUAUACCAGACCGCCAAGAGAAUGAGUGAACAGCACUCGGCGCAAUGGGACCACCGAAAGAUGUUGAAGAGGGACAGCUUGAGCGACACUGACUGGGAGACUGCGGUCAGCACUCAAUUUGAUAAUUGGGGUAACGAUACCCUGAACCGCAAUCAAGCUCAAUCUGACUAUUACAAUCGUUGCAUACGAGAGGCUCAAAUCAACAAGGAGGCAGGAGAUAUCACAACUCUAGAGGCUAGUAAGGCCAUCGUCGAGGCCGAGGAGCGACUCGCCGACCUGAGCAGAGAUGAUGUGGUUCUGCGAUCCCACAGACAUACCUUGAAGGGCGGCUACCUGGAUACCUAUCUUCGGGACAACGCUGCAGAUAUGGCUUUAGUUGAUCUAAUGAUUACCCGGUAUCAAGCACCGCACGGUCAUACCGCUUGGCCGAAAUACGAGAAACGGACUCCAGAUGCGCAGGAGAGGUUUCGCAAAAGACUGAUCAAUCGCUAUGCGAGCCUGAUUGAUGAGUCCCACUACUGGUGCCCGAUUAGUCGAACAUCAGUGGAAAAGCAAAGGAUUAAGGCUACUCAUCUAGUCCCGUACAACACCGGAGAGGCCAACUGCGAUUACGCUUUCGGUAAAGCUGAGACCAGUCAUGGCCAUUUGAUGUGCGCACCAAAUGGGCUCAUGCUCCAUCAGGAUUUUGAAGAGCUAUUAGAUGCAGCUCGAAUUAUCAUAGUCCCAGCAUCAAAGGGAGACAUAGAUCCUGAAACAGCUCAGGUUGUAGACCUUGACCACGACAAAGAGCCAUACAAGGUUCAAGUGCUCGACAAAACAUUGAUAAGAACAAAGACGCAAGGAGAUGGUGUCAUAACGUCAUUGCUUGAUGGAAGAAUCUUGGAGUUCAAGAACAAAAACCGUCCCAAGAAGCGGUAUUUAUAUUUCGUUGCCAUAAUUAAUCUGAUGCGACGACGUCGGUGUCUUGCUCCAGGCUGGAACGAAGACAAGAAGGCUCUAGGAACAGAGGUUUGGACCUCACCUGGUGAAUAUCUUCGGGAAUCUACCAUGCGAUGCAUAAUGCGUUUUGUCGGAUUGAUGGAAGACCCCGACGAGAUCUUAAGGCAAGGACCUACCCUGAGCGGUAGUCCCAAGGAGACACCAACCGACGUGGAGACUUCUCAGCGCAUUCUCCUGAACAUUAGCCCGGCCCAGAGGUCCCGAGAGACAAAGGCUGUUAGACACGUUCAGGGAAGCCUGCAAAGCCGGCUAUACACAACCACAUUUCGCGAAAAUCCCACAUCUAACGCAAACAGCUUUGCUUCUAUGCAUCGAAUCCAGGCUGCUGAAGAUGAAGAUGACGAUGACGAGAGUGGUGAGGAAAGCAAAGAGGAGGAAGACGUUGAGAGGCACCUCGACGAUAGUGAUGAGGAAAGCCGUGAAGAGGAUUAUGGCGAGAGCGAUGAGGACGAUGGAUCGCCCUCGCUUAAUGACCGCCUGUCUUAA